AUUUUAACUUAUGUCAAUCUAAUAAUUUUAUAAUAUCUAUUUAAAUCAUAUAUUAUGGACUUUUUUGGUCUUACUUCUUAUGGAUUCUCCAACCCAUUUGCUGAUAUGGUGAGAGCAGAUUACAUUGAACCAAUCGCACCGCCCAAAAAUCCUCUAAAAGCCGAAAGUAAGUUUAAAAAAUCUCUUUCCGAAAAAAUUAAAGUGUUAGAUUGUUAUAUUGGACACGCUGAUGGUUAUGCUUAUAAAUCACAUGAACGAUUAGAAAAGAUGAAAAGAAAAUAUGUACGUAAGCCCGACGGUCCUAUAGAUAUGUAUAAUUAUCCUGGAACAACAUCGAUGGAGAUAGGAUGGUGGCAAACAGAUACAACUUUGGAUUCCGAAACAUGGCACAAGGAAAAACGAUAUCCAAGUACAAAAUCUGAAUUAAGUAGAUACGUCGAAAUAUGUAUGAAAAAGGACAAAGCAUUUAGACCAACUGCAUACUAAUUAAUUUGGUAUUAUUCAAGAUACGAACCAUUCAAAUACCAAAGCACUAUUAAACAUUUUACUUAAUAUUUUUUGUUUACAAAUAAUGAAAUGGUUUAAUAAAUGAACGUAUUUUGAAUAUUAAUAUUAGCUUAUAAGACUUUAUGCCUAUUAGAUGAUUUAUAUGGUCUACCCCUAACUUAAUUCCAAUUUAAAUAGAAUUUUAAACUUAGAC